UGACCUGAGGUUAAUGAUGAAGGCAGAGGUUGUGGUAAGAAGCGAGCAUCUGCGCACAGUGGCCGUGGUUGUCCCGCGGUCAAAAGAGGAAAUUUUCACUGAAACCUAUCAGUCUUUUCACACCAAUGUGUUGAAACACUCCGAUUACCUGCUACGCGAAGAUAUGCAUCACACACUGCACAGAAUUGUGCUUCUCACUGCUGACGCUGUCCCCGCCUUCACCGCCAAGGCCAGUGAGCUAGGAUGCAUGGUGCGUCCGUUUGAUGCCACUGAAGAAGAGCACAAAACCAAGCGUAACGAGCUCAAGGCCCUCGUGGAGAAGAAGGACACGUUAGAAGAGGACUUGCAUGAGUGGUGUCAGAAAAGGGAGCAUGAAGUUCAGACGCAGAGAUACCAUCUUCUCAUGCUCAGACAGGCUGCAGAAAGCGCGAUGUCCUAUGGUACUCGCAAGAAGUUCAUGUCCAUUGUUGUCUGUGUUCCGCCGGGGCAUGAGGAACAGACGAGAACAAUCCUUGAGCAAGUUCCGGACACGUCAGGAGGUCUGGUGCUGAAUCCUGAUGAAGAGGCACUCUACUCUUCACUUUUCCCUUCUGAUGAACGGGAUAAUGUUCCUUAUGUGUCCUUUCAGUUCCAGCGCUAGUGAUUUUGCAGUCAAAGAGUAGUUUAUCGGCAUGUGCCCUGAGUGUCCCGACAUGUAUUGCGCUUGUCAAUUGUUUUGGAGUUAAAGGAGUGGUUCGGUGGCUUAUGCGCCCCAUUAUCUGAGAUUGAUGUAGCGAAACUGAA